GCAGUCACACUACUAUUGGAAAGUUUUUUUAAUGGUUUAAUUAAAUUAUUAUAGUUGUUUAUUUGGUGGACUGCACACACACAAAAGCGGUUGUAAGCGCAUGCAGUGUCGCAGCGAACACCGAACUGAGCCGGAAAGCAGCAGAAAUCUCUGAAUUUUCUCGAAACCCAAUCCGCCCGCAUACCGUGGCAACAAAAACAACUGCAGCACACAAAGAGAAGACAGCACACAAGUCCACGCAUCGCACUACGACCAUCGCAAAACCCGUUUCCCGCGCGCCUCUUUAUUCGAUUUGCAUUGCAACCCCCCGCCCCCGCGGAUUCUGCUGCGGCGGAAUUUGGUGCCACAUUAAGGGGCGUCUAUAACUUCAACCCAACUCGCAAGUGAACUGCAUUAUGAUGGUGGAGUCCGACGGUACUGCCGAUGCCACCCGCCGCCUCAACGUGAAGAAACAAACGCUGGACGAUGCGUACGCGGUGCCCGCCAACUUCCUCGAAAUCGAUGUGGUCAAUCCUCUGACCACCAUGGCGGCGGGCAAAAAGCGCUAUACGGACUACGAAGUUCGCAUGCGGACAAACUUGCCGGUCUUCAAGGUGAAGGAAUCGAGCGUGAGACGGCGUUACAGCGACUUUGAGUGGCUGAGAAACGAGCUGGAACGGGACAGCAAGAUUGUGGUGCCGCCGCUGCCGGGCAAGGCCUGGAAGCGGCAGAUGCCGUUCCGCGGUGAUGAGGGCAUCUUCGACGAGAGCUUCAUCGAGGAGCGUCGCAAGGGCCUGGAGGCGUUCAUCAACAAGAUAGCCGGUCAUCCGCUGGCGCAGAACGAGCGGUGUCUGCACAUUUUCCUCCAGGAGAACCUAAUCGACAAGAACUAUGUGCCGGGCAAGAUACGGAACACAUAAGGAGACGACGACACCAGCAACAACAACAAAAACAGAAUCAACAGCAAUGCAAUGAAUGAAGCAAACAACUCGAACGAACAAAACCGUUACGAACUCUAUUAGGGAGUAGACCCGAUCCGUGUGUAUGUGUAUGUGUGUGUGCAUGUGUGCUUAGCAAGAUUAAGAAGGAACGAAGAACUGGAAGGAAGGAAGGAAGGAGAUGGGCGAGAGAAGGAGCGUAGAAGUAGAAGUAAAGGAAUCUGUUUAUUAUUCGGCGCAAGCGGAAGUGAGUGGAAGCGGAAGUGUAAGUGGACGUUACGUCGCUGCUGCUGAUGCUGAUGCUGCUGCUGCUGCUCAGUUAAUGUUGAAGCAUUGGGAGUUUUUAAAUGCUAAAUUCAAGUUUAUAUGGUAUACAUACAUUAUAUACAAUAUAUAUUAUACAUACAAUACAUAUAUUUACAUAAUAGUGUACAUAAUACAUACAUACCUACCACGCCCACUCGAUGAUUGACGACUCCUCUCUAACGCCCCCCAAGUCCCGUUGCCAAAAGUCUUGGCAGCUCCAUUCCCCCCGCCAUUAAAGCGGGACCCCGUCAGUGUAGUUGUGCGAAAUUUUAAAAACUAUUUGUUUUAUGCGUCAAAUUGCAGCAGUAAGAAAGCAGCAAAAGUUAUAUAUCCUCCCUCGCCCCACAGCAAAUGGAAACCGUCAAACUAUAUGAAAACUAUGGAAUAUUUUGAAUCAAUUUAGUGAAUAAUAUUGUACUUCGAAUCAAAUUAAAAUAAUUAAAACAAACAAAA